UCACGAAGUGCGCGCGCGUGCUCCGUGAUAUUUUUGUUUGUUUGUUUAUCUGUUUUAGUUUUUAAGAGAAACGUCAUGGCGGCUGCGAUGCAAUUUAGAAGUAGCCCAAAAACCCGCAACCCGCGACCAAUACAUUUUCAACCCCCGACAUCGUUUUCAAACCGACAUGGAUAAUGGAGUUCUCUAGAAUUGUAGGCAUGUUGACACUGAUUUUCACUGAAGGAAAAGCAAAACGUUUAUACACAUGUAGAAUGAAAUCGAGUCUUUGCUGAACAUGGCAUAUUUUUAAAUGAUCGAUGACUAGAAUAUAGAAUGGAAUGGAAUAGAAUAGUUUAGACUUGCGCCACACCUCACUUUGUCCACACUCAACAGGGCGGAAAACUACUGACAUACAAACAACUACUUUACGGCAGAAACGUUUAUUGUCGUACAUCGCAUUUAUUUUGUGUCGCAUGGAUACAAACUUGCUUCCAGAAUUAUGUGUCUACACGUGGGGAGCAAACAGCUACGGCCAGUUGGGACUGGGGAAUGUGGAAGACCUGUCAGUGCCCAAACUCGCCCUAAAUACGCUACAGACCGGGGCGGUGCGGCUACUCAGCGGAGGCGGUGGGCAUUCGGCUGUUGUGUCUGAGGAAGGGGAGCUGCUGGUGUGUGGUCAGAAUCACAAAGGUCAGCUGGGACUGGGUCACAGUUCCGAGGUCACUACCUUUCAACUCUGUCCUCUCAUUGGUCAGAGGGCUGCACACGUGUCCUGUGGCUGGGACUUCACGCUCGUCCUCACUGAUCGUGGCCAGGUCCUGACGUGUGGAUCUAAUGCAUACGGCCAGCUGGGAGUCUCAGAGCACGUCACACACUCUGCACAGCUGCUGACCAUUAAGAUGCUGAUGGAGCCUGUGAUCAGUGUUGCAGCAGGGCUCAGACACUCACUAGCGGUCACUGGUACAGGUGGCGUGUACCAGUGGGGUAUGGGUCUCUCUGGUCAGGCCAAGAGAGCUCUGAGUCCACAGCCUGUCCCAGCACACUUCACCUCCAAGAUACCUUGUCUGGUCCCAGGUCUGGAUCAGGUGAUGUCACACAGAGUCGCCGCAGGCUCCGCCCACUGUGUGUGCCUCACCGCCGGAGGAGGUGUGUUUAUGUGGGGCAGUAAUAAACACCGCCAGCUGACUGGCACAGAGUUGUUCCUACCCAGACCCGUCCUCUUAGAUCGCUCACUACUGGGUGGAGAGAAGGUUAAACGCAUACGCAGUGGCUGGACACACCUGGUGGCCCAAACAGAGAGUGGGCGGGUCUUCACCUGGGGCAGAAGCAAUUACGGACAGCUGGGAAGGACAGAAUCAACCAAUCAGAGUGCAGAUCAGCGAUCAGGUGGUGCGUCGACGGGAGCUGCCAGCCAAUGGGCACGUGUCCCUGCGGAAGUCAAGGUCCUCUGUGGAGCCAGACAGAUUGCUUGUGGAUCUGAACAUAACGUUGCCAUUGUAGGCGGUCGCCUGCUCUCCUGGGGGUGGAACGAACAUGGGAUGUGUGGGGACGGUUCUCAGACAGACGUCAGCCAACCACAGCAUAUUCCUGCCCUCCGGCCUCUUCUGAUUGGCUGUGGAGCUGGCCACUCUAUGGCACUGUGUGCUGUGAGGACAGGUGAAGAGAAGUCUACAGAGGACAUGGAGAUAGAACAAGCUACACUAGUUUGAAACUAGCACGUUUGAGCUAACUUAUCAGGACUGUACCCGGGUAAGAUGGCAGACCGUUUGUGCCACAGAUUCAAACCCAAUGUCCAUUCUGUUGUUUUAGCUCUAUGGCAGAGGAAACCCAGCUAAGUCUGGGGCAUGAGAGUAAUGUGCAUUGAUAAGGCAUGAAUCAUGAUAAUUCAGUCUUUGAGGGAUGUAGCCUCCGCGAAAAUCUGGGAGGAGGAAAUUGUAAAUGAUGUCAAGUAUGUGGGUGUUGAAGCUGUGGCAAAUAAACAAACCAGUAAUGAAAUUGUUUUUUUUUUGGGGGGGCCAAAGUAUGGCACACAUUAUUAUGCAGGUUUGAAUUUAGUACGAACUGUAAAUUAUAAGACCCUUUGUACCAAAACAAAAAUAAUAUCCAUGGCACAUUGCCUCAGUUCUAGGAGCCAAUAGUGCUGCUCUAGGAUCAGGUCAUAAUGAAUACGAUAACAUAGACUGGGGGGAGAUCUGUUCCCAGGUCAGCAGUCCUACUCUGAGACCAUUUAUACAUACGGCCCCAGGUCUGUAUUCACACGGUAAAACGUCAUAAUAAAUAUCGUUCUGGUGUUCGAGACGGGUGAGUUGUGUAUGGUCGGGGACAGAGGCCAUCAUUCUCCCAUGCCAGGCCAGAGCAGGCCGUCACGUUGAUGGAUAUGAUUGGGGGUCGGGGGGAGAUGGAUACAUAAGACGCGUACGUCUAGUCCAAGUUCAUACGUCGUCGUCGUCGUCCCCCUCCCCUCCCC